AUGGAACAUAGUUUUUUGCCAAGGACCCUUUGGACAAACGACAGCAAAUUUCUACAUCAUCAUGUUCCAGACCUCUUCACGAGCGUCCAGGUUACGCGAGAAAUACCUGCAGGAGCGUCGUUUGGACCUUGCGUUCUCCACAACACAUUUUACGACACAAUCGCCUUCAUUGCAUUGAAAUCAUGCGACAAAAGGAAUAAGUCAUAUGUUUUUCGGGUAGACCCAGAGGCAAUGAGGAGUUCCCCCCUAACUGUGCACUGGUUGCGGUUGGUGCAAGCGGCAAACAAUUCCGAGGAACAAAAUACAGAAGCUUAUCUAAAAGGUGGCCAACUGUAUUUUCGGACUAUUCGGGACAUAAAGCAAGGGGAGGAACUGCUCGUUUGGUAUGACGAGGAGCUGUCACAUCUUUUGGGUUUCAGCGACAUAAAAUCACGGGCCCUUCCAGAAGGCUUCAAAUGCAUGAAAUGCGACCAGGCCUUCAAGAAUGAAAACCCUUUUCUUGCUCAUUGCCGUUUUCUGUGCGUUCAAGUGAGAACCGAUAUAACUCGGGCUGGCAGUGAGCAAGGACAAGCUGAGGUAAAGAGGCAGCACGGAGUCACCGAUUUCCACAAUAUAGCGAGAGAUCUGGAACAUAAAAAACCCAGUCCCUGUGAGGACACUGCUCUUUCACGAAAAAGGAAGCCAGAGGAACCCCUUUGUCCACGGAGUCGAAAAACCGUUCUCCUGGAGAAAACUAAUAUCACAAAUUACAGUAAUAUCACAAACAUAAACACGGAUCAUCCCUCUGGCCUCGAGACGACCACAGACAAUUUGCUCAAAUCCGAUUCAGUGGGAGGUAAGGGCAGUGCGUUUACUGAAGUGAGAAAGUCAACUGAGCAGCUCAAACAAGACCAACCGUCAUCCGCUGGGGAUAAAACGGCGCCGCGCCAUUCUAUGCUUGAUGGUCAGAACGGGCAUUUGCACGGCGAGGCUGAUGUGGCUCUUCAUUCCGAUUCUAGCGCGUUCUCUUUUGUUUUACCGAAGAGGGCGCACGAGGAGCAGAAAAGCGCGUUUUGCAAACCAAGUAAACGCACAACCAGGGACCCACCGACACUUUCAACAACCGCUCUGUGCAAUCCACUGGAGCUGCGGGAGGAUACAUCAUUCAACUCAAAGACUAAUCUGGGAUAUAGAAAUGUAUUGGCUAAUAAUUUAUUACACGGUGACUUGUCAAACACUCAGGUUAUGCCGACACCUCUCACGACUGGAAGUUCAUUCACGUAUACUUCUGAGCACUGGACAAGGAGAAUUGGGGGACAGUUGCAGUCCACCUCCGCUUUGACUCUCCUUCCACCUACGUUCACUCCCCUGGGAGUUUCUGUGCAGAACUGGUGCGCUAAAUGCAAUCUAUCGUUUCGGAUGACUUCGGACUUGGUGUUUCACAUGCGUUCACACCAUAAGAAAGAAUUCGGCGCUGAAUCACAGGUGCGAAGGAAAAGAGAGGAGAAACUAACUUGUCCAAUUUGUCAUGAGUACUUUCGCGAGCGUCAUCAUCUGUCCCGUCAUAUGACUUCUCAUAAUUAA